UUUUUCUAUCCAAGUAGUCCCCCUCCUUCUUUGACCGCCGUGGCCCACCCCGUCCGAUCAAUUUCCCCCCUCUUCUUCAAAAGCCUCGUCUCGGCAACAGGAGCAGCAGGGUGCACACGACAACACGAACCCGAGCCAGCGCGCACCGUCACACAGCCAAAGCGUCAUGCCGCUGCACGCCACGAGCGGCGUCGUCGGCGCUGGCGCCCUCGCCUACGCCACCCUCGCGCUCGCGGCGCUGCGCCUGCUGCUGUCCUACAAGUCCGCGCUCUACGCGCUGCGCCGCCUCUGGCGGUGCGCCGACGAGUGGGCGCAGGCGUACCAGUACCACGAGGUGCCGCGCUUCGCCUGCGACGGCGCCGAGAACCCGCUCUUCCGCAAGGCCGCCGCGUACGUGGCCGCGCUGCCGUCGCUCGAGGACUCCGACGCCGCCUCCGUGCUCUCGUCCGCGUCCAGGACCAACGGCGGGCUCUCGCUCCAGCUCGGACCGGGCCACACCGCGCGGGACUCGUUCCUCGGCGCACGCCUCGCGUGGACCAACGCCGACGGCGGCGGCCGCGAGCGCCUGGUGCUGCGCGUGCGCCGCCACGACCGGACACGCGUGCUGCGCCCCUACCUGCAGCACGUCGAGUCCGUCGCCGACGAGAUGGAGCAGCGCCGCCGCGAGCUGCGUCUCUUCGCCAACACCGGCGUGGACGGGGCCACGGGCGCGCCGCGGUGGGCGUCGGCGCCCUUCACACACCCGGCCACGCUCGACGCGGUGGCCAUGGACCCGGACCUCAAGGCCCGCGUCCGCGCGGAUCUCGAGAAUUUCCUCAAGGGCCGCGCCUACUACCACCGCCUCGGCCGCGUCUGGCGCCGGAGCUAUCUCCUCUACGGUCCGCCGGGCACCGGCAAGUCCACGUUCGCGGCGGCCAUGGCGCGGUUCCUGGGCUACGACGUCUACGACAUCGACCUGUCCCGCGCCGGCAGCGACGACCUCAGCGCGCUGCUCCGGCACACCACCCCGCGGUCGCUCAUCCUGGUCGAGGACCUGGACCGGUACCUGCAGGCCGGCGGGGACGGCGAGGCGCGGGUGCUCAGCUUCAUGGACGGCGUCGCCUCGUGCUGCGGCGAGGAGCGGGUCACGGUGUUCACGAUGCGCGGGGGCAAGGAGGCCGUGGACGCGGCGGCGGUGCGGCCGGGCCGGCUGGACGUGCACAUCCAGUUCACGCUCUGCGACUUCGAGGCCUUCAAGACGCUGGCCAGCAACUACCUGGGGCUCAAGGACCACAAGCUGUACCCGCAGGUGGAGGAGGGCUUCCACGCCGGCGCCCGCCUCAGCCCCGCCGAGCUCGGCGAGAUCAUGCUCGCCAACCGCGGGUCCCCGAGCCGCGCGCUCCGCAACGUGAUCACCAAGCUCCAGCACGUGUCCGGAGGCGCGCCGCCGCGGAACCCAGCGCACAAGCGGAACACGAGCUGGUCCGUGACCGGGCAGCAGUGGGAGGAGCAGUCGGCGCGCGCCAGCGCGGACUCCACGGAAGCGGACGAGACGGCCGCGGGGGCCCCGGCGGGCGGCGGGGUGUUCGGCAAGGACGCGCCGAUGAGGGAGUUCAAGAAGCUGUACGGGCUGAUCAAGAUCAAGAGCCGGAGGGAGGGCGCCGGCGUCGUGCCUCUGGAAGGAGAGGCGCACGGGCCGCCGACGCCGGGCAACCACGACAGGGAGCGACUAGUCAGUUAGUGACCUGGGAGAAAUACAAUCGGAGGAAGAUAAAAAUGAAGGAUUGGGUGAUGUACAUGCUGGGGAGUCUUGUGUGGUUUCAGUUCUAGCUAGCAGUCAGUCAAUUGCUGCAUCAGCGUGAAAGAAAAACAGUCGUGGACAAAAAUGGGAGAAAUUUGCUCUGAAUUUUUGACCGCUUGGCGUGGCAUCAAAUAUCUAUCCUGGCGGAGCAGAGCAAAUAUGAGUGCCGUGCAGAGCAGCCCCAACGACCAACCGCCAACACCCGGUCCCAAAUAUCAGCAGCAGCAGCAGCAGCAGCAGCAGCAUUGAGUUGGGAAAUUGACUCGCUCGCCAUCGCGGGGCCAGUUAUUGGCCCGUCAGACCGGUCGACGCGCGCGGCCUCUCCUCGGCCUCCGGGCGGCCGCUGCAACUUGCGCCUGAUCCGACAGCGACGGCUCCCGCGGCACCACCAGGCAGCAGGCAGCCGCGCGCGGCCGUCGAGGGAGUGCAUUUUCUUUUCCGCAGGGACCAUGCUAAUAAUGGGCUAAAUGGCCACUCAUCACGCGCGCGCGUAUGCCGCCUCCCCGUCGCCGUCGCCGCCUCGCCGGCCGGCGGCACCGCGCGCAGAGAGAAUCUGAGCUAGCAUGUUUCCUGCGGUCUGACGAUUGGAGCUCUUUUUCUCUUGGUGACGACAGGCAGUGAGAUUACUUCGGAUUAACUGUUAUUUACUCCAUCCUUCGGGUACUGCUAAUGAUUGGUUGUGGUGUAGUAGUUUUUGGUGAGCGAAUGAUUCCCCAGCCAUCCACACAAGGUUGUCUGUUCCUCAUGCAAGUAUUCAUCUGUUCGCUUCGGCUGGUGCUUGUAUUGGAGUAUGGUUGUAGCAUCAGUUUAGCUGUCGAGGCUUUGUUUGUGAACUGGAAAGCUCA